AUGUCCCGCAAGCUCAUCGAAAUCGACGGGCGGACCGGAGAAGGAGGUGGACAAUUGGUCCGCGUCGCCAUAGCCCUCGUAGCAGUAACAAACCAACCAGUACGCAUCACCAAUGUGCGCGGCAACCGUCCUUCGAGUGGCGGAGGAAGAGGCCGUAGCAGCAAAACAGGCGAAGGCAGCAAAAAAGGAGGCGGUCUCAAAGCCCAGCAUGUCACCGCAGUCCGCUGGCUAGCAGAAGCAACAGACGCAGAAGUAGAAGGCCUCUCCGUAGGCAGCAGCACCCUAACCUUCAUCCCUCGCCUGCCGCCCUCCGCCGCUCUAGACAAAGACAAGUACAAGUCCCGCAAGAUCAAGAUCGUAGCGGACACGAGCGCGGCGAGCACGCUCCUGAUUCUCCAGGCCGUCCUCCACUUUCUUCUCUUCCCCAAACCCAUAGAGCUAGAAAUCCAGGGCGGGACGAAUGUAGACUUCUCGCUCUCGUACGAGUACCUAGACCAAGUCCUCAUCCCGCGCCUAGAAUCUUCCUUCGAGGGCGUACGCGUCGGCCGGAAACUGGUGAAGCGCGGAUGGAGUAGAGGUCCGCAGGGCAAAGGUUCCAUCCCGCUACGUCAGAUCUCGCCCCCAAAGAACCCAUACGAAGGCACACCCACCGACCUUCGCGACGUGGUGCACUGCAUAGACGUCACAAUGAUCGCCCCUUCAGACGCAGGGGCUCUCUUGCAAGAGACGCUGGCAAAGGACAUCGCCCUCGCCUUCCCCGACGCCGAAAUCAACUUCAAGCCCUUUGAGGACUCUUGCAACGAGAAGCGGACAUACGCCCUUCUCGUAGCCCGCGACGCCUCCAGGACGUUAAGUUGGGGCAGGGGCGGUUACGUGUCUGGGCCAUCGUACAAGCACGCCUGUCAUGGGAAGCAUAGGUCGGCUGACAUCUCGUAUGUCGUGGGGGAAAUCAGCCGCAGUGUUGUCUCGAAACUCGUCGAUGAGCUUUCGGUAUCAGGCUCAACGGUAGACAAGGUCCUGCAGGAUCAGCUCGUCAUCUUCCAGACUUUGGCGGAGGGGACGACGUCGUUCCCGCGUGCUGCUGCGCCGAAAGUUGGCAGUGGUGAUGACGUGGACGUUGCGAGUCAAGACAUGGCGCAGUUGGAUCUAGAGGAGAGGAUGAGGAAGGACAAGACGGAUAAGCCAUUCGGAUACGGCAGCUUGCAUGCUCAGACGGCGAGAUGGGUGGCAUCGGAGAUUUUGCCCUCGGUGGAAUGGUAUAACAAGGGGACGAUUUGCAAAGGUGUUGGAACGAGCUUCAGCUAA